AUGGCAAAAAGAAAAGCUGAAUCGCAAGAUCAAUUUGUCACUAAAAAUGGCACAAAAAAGGUCAAACAAGAACCUACCACAAAGGUCGAAAAGGUCGAAAAGACGACAAUGAUGUUAGAUGAUAGCGAUUCUAGCAGCGAGGACGAUACCACUGGAGGUGCCCCGCUUGAAUCUGGAUUCAAGGUCAAUCAAGACUACGCGAAGAGAUUUGAGCAUAACAAGAAACGUGAAGAGCUUCAAAGAUUGGAGGAGAAGUACACAAAAAAACCGGGACCAACAGUUGGAAAGAAUGGCGAGAAGAAAUACGGCGACAAAUAUGAUGAGGACUCUUCAUCGUCAGACGAUGAAGAUGAAGAUGAUGAAGGAUUUCUAGCGACCGAGGAUUUAGACAAGGAGAUCUCAGCUACGUUACAAGCACUCCGUUCGAAAGACCCUCGGGUGUAUGACGAAAAGGUCACAUUUUAUACUCCAAUUGAUGAGGACGCGGAGGAAGGAACCAUGACAGAAAAGAAGGAGAAGCCUAUGUAUCUGAAAGAUUAUCAUCGAGAGAAUUUGUUGGCGGGUCAUGUAGGUGGGGAGGAAGAGGAGAACGUUCCACAAACAUUCGCUCAAGAACAAGAGGCUUUGAAAAGGAAGAUUGUUGGCGAAAUGCAUGCAGCUGCGGAAGAUGGAUCCGAUUCGGACGAGGAUGAAGGAUUUCUUGUGAGGAAAGAUAAAAAACCCGAGCUUUCAAGUCAAGGCAUCCAUCCAUCCAGGGCUUCAAAGGUUGAAGUUGAUGUCGCUAUUGCCGACAAAGAUCCGGAGACAUUUUUAUCAAACUUCAUGGCAGCUCGCGCAUGGGUUCCCAGCGACGGUACACGCUUCCAACCAAUGGAAUCUGACGACGAGGAAGAUGACACCCGAGCCGAGCAGUUUGAGGCAGCUUACAAUUUACGAUUCGAGAAUCCUGAAGGAAGCAAUGAGAUGUUGAAAUCAUAUGCCAGAGAUGUCAUCGCCGCAAAAUCCGUUCGUCGUGAUGAGGUCAGCGGCAGGAAAAAGCAAAGAGACGCUGCAAGAGAGAAGAAAGAGGCUGAAAAGAAGGAGAGGGAGGAAGAAAGGGCGCGAUUGAAGCGCUUAAAGAUUGAAGAAAUGGAGGAGAGGCUCCAAAAAAUCAAGAAGGCUGCAGGAAUAAGUGGUAAAACCUUGAAAGAUGAAGAAUGGGCUCAAUUCUUAGAUGCAGCCUGGGAUGAUGACAAUUGGGAGGCUGAGAUGAACAGGCGCUUUGGAGAUAGCUAUUACGCUGAGCAGGAAGGGGGAUCCGAUAGUGAUGAUGAAACACAAGGGAAAAAGAAGAAGGUGAAGAAGCCAAAAUGGGACGACGAUAUCGACAUUAAAGACCUCAUUCCUGAUUUCGAUGAUGAAGAAGCCUCGAAACCAACUUUUUCGCUAUCGGAUUUGGAGGAUGACGAGGAAGAGAACUCCGACGAUGAGGAGGGAUCGUCCAAGAAAUCGAAAAGUAAUAAAGAACGACAACUGGAGAAGCAAGCCAAAAAGAAAGCGGCGCGCUUGGAAAGGAAAAAGAUUGAGGAUCUUGUGGACAGUAAACUUGAUGUCGAUCUCUCAUUGGCUUCCAAGAAGGCAUCAGUGUUCAGAUAUCGCGAAACUUCACCCACCUCAUUUGGUUUAACAGCUAGAGAUAUUCUAAUGGCACCCGACUCAUCUCUCAACGAAUUUGCUGGCUUAAAGAAGAUGGCCACCUUCAGAGAUGCUGAAAAGAAACGCAAAGACAAAAAGCAUCUCGGUAAAAAAGCUAGGUUAAGACAGUGGAGAAAGGAGACUUUCGGUAACGAGGAUGGUCCGGAAAUUAUUAUUGGUCCUGAUGCUGGAGAAAGAGCAGAUACUAUGGAAGGUGUAGAGAUACCAGAAAAGAAGAAGAAGAAGAGGUCAAGAAAGAACAAGGGAGCUGUCGGAAAAGCUACAGCUGAAGAGUAA